AUGCAUCACCAUACCUUAUGCUCUACUGAUCAUCAAAUGGUAACUUUUCAUGAAGAUGUUGAAUUCACUCAUCAUAUACUGAAACCAGAUUCACAUCUUAUGUCAACAGAUGCUCACAAAGUAAACGAAGAACUUCUUUCUGAUAUAGCAUGGGAAGAAGCUCUCAUGGACUCUGAAGCCAUUGUUAGUGAAGAGACUCGGGAGAAGGUUCUUUUUGACCUACCUUUAUUUACAAGUGGUGACAAUGCUGAAAGUAUUAGCAAAUCUCAAAUUAAUGAUAGUUGUUUUGAUAAUGACCCCCAAGGUAUUAUUUCUUUUAAUAAUCGAAGCUCAUCUGACUCCUUUAUAAGUGCUCAUUCAGUUAUGGCUGAUAGCUCGGAACAAAGUAGAUUGUCAUUUUCAUCGGAUUCGUCAAGUAGCUCUGAUAUUAUGUCCAGUUCCAUCACAAAAUUUGCAUCAUUUAAAAAUUUUUUCAUGGAUUCUUUGAGUGGGAAACAUAUUAUUAAAAAACCAAAAACCUUAGAUCUUUUUCCUGAGAAGAAAACAUCCAAUUUCAAUCCUUUUAAAUUUAAAUCGAAACAUGAUGCUUACUGCUCAAAUGAUAAUACUCAAAAACCGCCUCAGCUCAUGAUAGAUGGAGUUCCAAUAGAAUCCAGCGAUUCAGCAUUUAAAAGAAAAGAUAGCUGCUCUCCUACUUAUAGUGACAGCGAAUUAACACCAAGCCCCAGUUUUCUAUCUUCAAUGAACAAUUUUCUUCACUUUUCAUCAUCUCAUCCUGAUUUGAUAAGCCCUCAAGGCAGCUUGGAAAAUGUAGGUAAUUCACCCGAACCUACCCCAUCGCCAACAACAUUCAAUGAAUUUAAUGGAGG